GUAUGUACAGCGACAUUGACGAUGGUAAUUUAGAUGAAAUUGUUCAGGAUAUUUUAUUGAAUCACCCCAAUACUGGAGAAGUCAUGAUGAAAGGGUAUUUAAAACAUAGAGGAAUAACUGUUCCUGGAAAAGAUUUAAGGAAUUCAAUGAGAAGAGUUGAUGAAAACGGAGCAGAUCACAGACUAAGAAGACGUCUACACAGGCGAGUCUACACUGUAGGGGGACCAAACCAUCUCUGGCACAUUGAUGGCAAUCAUAAACUGAUAAGGUGGGGAUUUAUUAUUCACGGAGGAGUUGAUGGAUUAAGUCGUCUUCCAGUCUACAUGAAAUGUUCUACCAACAAUAAAGCCAUAACUGUUAUGGAAUCAUUCCAGAAAGCUGUAGAGUGUUAUGGGAUCCCUUUGCGUGUCCGAUCCGAUGCUGGCAGGGAAAAUGUCGAGGUUUGGCAUUACAUGUUACAAAAAAGAGGUAAAGUUGGUCUAAUUAUUUGAAAGAGCACACACAACCAGAGAAUCAAAAGAUUAUGGGGAGAUGUUUUCCAGGGAUCUCUCCAUUAUUUCUGUCAGUUGUUUCAUUAUUUG